ACCCUCAACCACGCAGUCAUUCGGGUGAAGCUUCAACUGGCUUUUACAUCCCAUUUCCUUAGUGAGAGAAAAAAAGUUCUACGGAAUCGAAGCGACCUGUUGCAUGUGGAUAGCGUGACGCUGAAUUUACGACGCCGCGAAAUAAAACCUCUCCGAAUGUGAAAGCGUCACAUUUUGCUACAAUUUCACUCAAUAUGGAUUUCACCAAAUCAUUUGCGAUAUUACCUGUGUAACUUCACAUUUAUUAACCCGAUUUCACCAUAAAAGGAUUUUACUCGCAAUUAUUUCCGCCAGUGCUGUCCUUGACGAUUAUCGUCUGUGAUCGAACGUUUUUUUCUUGUUGAAAAUGCAUAACAGUAAAGGGGGUGGCGACGAAGAGAAAACAGAACCCAAAGAAAACGACAAGUGGAUGGAAAACAACGACCAUGAAAAGGACUCGGAGAUGGCCCCCAAAUCUUCGAGACUCGACGAGUUAAGGGGUCGAGCCAAACAAUUUGCUUCGAAUAAGCACCAUGUUAUUGUUCUUCUGUUGUGUAUAUUCUUAUUCAUAUUAUUUCUAAUUGUGAUAAUUUUAGCUGUCCAAUUGGGCACUUAUAAGUGUCCAGUGAGUAAUGAGUGUCGGACUCCCGAGUGCCUGCGUACCGCUUCCGCCGUGGUCGCCAGGUCAGAACCUAGUUUUGACCCGUGUGACGAUUUUUGGUCUUUCAGCUGCCAUGGCUGGGUCACGAAGACCCCUUUGCCAAAAAAUAAGGGUACUUAUUCUAUUACUGAUCAGUUGAAGGAAAAAGUUUACAGCCGCAUUCGACACCUCAUUGAUUUAGUGCCUUAUGACUCCGACCCAACAAGUGCCCAAUUCAAGGUAAAAACAUUCUAUGCCUCCUGUAGGGAUUUAAAAGAAAUCGAAGUGUGGGUACCUGAGAAGAUUAAGCAGACGAUUCAUGAUAUUGGGGGUUGGGCGCUCAUUAAGGAUUCGCCAGGGGGUCACUGGAAGCGGAAUGAUGUGUUGAAAAAAUUGCAAGUGGUGUAUGGUGUGUCUGCAUUUUUUAAAGUUCUGGUUGAAGCUGAUGAUACAGACCCUACAAGGAAUAUUAUUAAGCUUGUUCCAGCUGGUCUGGGCUUACCGAGUCCCCGAUAUUAUGAAACUUAUGAUGAACCGUAUGUUAAAGCUUAUCAACUCUUUAUCAAAAACAUUGUUCAUGCUAUGGAUGUUGAACUAUACAAAGCCACCAAAUUUGCAGAGCAAGUUUUUAGCUAUGAAAAACGCAUUGCUGAAAUUACCCCAAGACCUGACACAUUACGGAAUACUAAGGAUUUAUAUUCUAUUCUUACUGUUCAAGAGCUUGAUCGAUUGUCUUCUAGUAUUUCUUGGACAGAUAUAUUGCAGAGUUAUUUUCCUGAUGUUGUUACAGCUGACACAAAAAUUGCAGUAUUAUCAGAAAAGUAUUUUAAAGAUAUCUCUGAGAUUAUAUCCUCCACUGAUUCAAGUGUUCUAAAUAACUAUUAUAUGUGGAGAUUUAUGCAUACAUUUGCUCCUCAUUCAUCUACUAAAUUCAGGCUUGUUGUAAAUAGCUUUAAACAAGAUUUUGAAGGUAUUACUGAUACAUAUUCAAGUUUUGAAGAUAACUGGGAAUAUUGUAUUGAUGUCACCAGUCAGUAUUUAGGUCAUGCUGUUGGCGCAUUGUAUGUUCAGCGUUAUUUCCCCUCAAGUGUUCAUGACAAGAUUCAUGUUUAUUUACAUAAAUUGAUUGGUGCCCUUAAUUCAGUUGGAGGAAGUCUUCCAUGGCUUAGUGGUGACAAUGCUCAUGAGUCUGCUGAAUCAAAGAUUCGUUCACUUGCUGUAUUAUCCGGUCAUCCAGGAUUUGCCCGAAAUAGAAGUUUAGACUCAUAUUAUCAAGAGCUGCAAGUUCAGGCUGAUUACUUCCAAAACAUAAAAAAUGGUGUUUAUUUCUUACAUAUCAAACAACAAGACAUGUUGAGGAACAAAGCAAUUACAGACUACAGUUGGACAAUUUAUCCACAUGAUGUAUCUGUUGAUUACAAAUACGUUGGAAACCAACUAGUUGUACCUGCUGGUCUUUUUGAUGAACCAUUGUUUGAUGUUGAAUCCCCAUUAGCUGUAAAAUAUGGCAUCCUAGCUGCUCAUGUUGCUAAUAAAUUAGCAGGUGCUUUUGAUGAUAAAGGUAUCAAUUACAAUAUGUAUGGUGUGCUGGAGCCUUGGAUUGGAAAUAAUUCUCUACACUCUUUUAAAAUGAAGGAAGGUUGUGUAAAAAAAUCUGUCUCAAAUUAUUCUUUACAAGGAGUUCCAGUAGAUUCUGAUUUAACAAUUGGGUCCCUGAUUGCUGACAUUGGAGGCGUCAAAAUUGCUUAUGAGGCUUAUAAAAGACAUGCCCAAGAAGAAUCUAGUGAACGUGUAUUGCCUGGAAUGAACGUAAACAACAAUCAGCUGUUUUUCAUGUCAUAUGCUCAGUCCUUGUGCCAAAUAAUUAAUCCCAAGAAAUUAAUGUCAUCAAAGGAUUCAAGCACUCACCUUCCUGAAGAACUGAGGGUGUUAGCCACUUUGCAACAGAUGCCAGAGUUUGCAAAUGCAUUUUCAUGUUCCGGAGGUAGUGUGAUGAACUCUCAAAAGUUCUGUCGCAUGUGGUGAAAAGUUUUAAAGAGGGACUGCAUCCGUUUCAUAAACGAGAUUUCUAUGUAUUAUGUUGAAAACAUCUUUAUAUAAAAUGACAUUUUUUUUUUUGUAUGAAUUUGUCAGUAAAUUAUUUUUGUAGAUUGCAUUUGAAUCAUUGUCACAUUAAAUUUGCAUGUGUAGUUUUUUUUUGUCUUAUAUAAUUUGCUUGUAAAAAAUUGGGACAAUCAUUGAUUAAAAGUAUUCAUUUUUUA